CUCCCACCUACAACAUGCAGGUCUCUCUACCUUACUUUGAACGGUGCUUACUCCUAUGAAAAUGCUUCGCGGCAUUCUUUGCCCGGCACGGUACCCGAAUUGAGGUUAGAGAACGAUUAACGAUGUCACUCGCGCCGCAGAUCAGGACACAGCAGUGUAUAGCAACCUACGCGAAAUACUUCCGAUUGUUAGUUCUCCUCAAGGAUUGGCAACUGCGACCCGAAAUGGAGUUAUUAUAAGAAAUCACGAUAUGGGGCCACGUCUGCUCGCCAUAGGGCAAGAUAACUGAAUAGAGACCCUUUAACCUAGCACUCAAGUCAGAUCGAAGACAAUCCAAACAUAUCAACUGAAUUGUUUUCAUCAUGCCCUACCUCGAAAUGCCAGUACCCCUUGCCCAUGAGGAUGUCAAACUGAAGCCUAUUGCCAUCUGUGGGAUGUGUACGUAAUGCUGUCAGUUAUAUCUAUGCUUUUGUGUGUUUCAAGAUUUCUGAUACGUUGUGGACAGCAUGUCGACGAUGUCCACGACCGCGAUGUCAUUCUUUCCGUGAUCCGCUCCUCUUCCUGCAAUACCAACUGUAAGGUUUCAGGAUAUGGAAUCACUUUCCCUAACGUCGGCGGUCAGGAAAAGGUCAUUCGACACGCCUAUAAAAGGGCAUAUCUCGAUCCCAACAAGACGGUGUACUUGGAAACACACGGCACCGGUACACCUGUUGGAGAUUCAAUUGAAGUUAGAGCUGUGUCGAGAGCGAUGGAUGACACGCAGUCGCCUGAAAGACCACUUCUUGUGGGUGCAGGAAUCGGAGGUGGCUGUGGCCUCUUAGCUGGUCUAACUACAAUGUGUGCCGUCUUAAUGGCCGAUGGACCAAAGUUAGGGGCGAAGAGCAUAUUUGCAGAAACCUAUUAAGGAUUUUGUGACGCUUAAUACGUUUAGCCACCUGACGCCCGCUCCAUUUGGUGGUCACCAGAUGAAUAAUUUUGCAGCUUAACACCGCCACAUAAAGAUAAUACUUUUACAUGUUUUAAAAACUAGAUUUCUCUAUAGUACUAAUACAUCUGUUGGUAUUUGCUACCAGUUCUAAAA